CUGGCUUCUAUGUUCAUCUUCUUGGAAUAAAUACACGCGUUUUUUUCCCCACUGCUUCGUUUAUGCUGGUUGGAAAAGCUCGCUAUUGAUAUUUCCAACCCACGUUUUUUUUGUUUUUGUUUUUUUUUUUCCAUCCAAAUCAAGUUUUUGGAGGCGGACAUCAGGAAAUCCAGUUUUACGAUCCAGCCUGCGGAGACAACAACAGCUUUUGCGGUCUUUCACCUCUAAAAUAAAACCCCGGAUUACUUCUCUGUUAAUUAAUUGCACCAGGAACACUUUAAAGCGGGUAAAUUAGUUACAAAAGGGGGCUUUAUUUGGUCAUUAUUGGGGAGCCUCGUCGCCUGUGCGCACCACGAGCUGUUGCGCGCGGAAUAAAGCCAUCAAACCGAUCAUUUGAAGCUCUCAAGUCCUAGUUUGAGUCAGGAAAAGUGUCAUUAAAACUGUUCAUCUAUCCACAAAAAGGGGCCUGGAUGCUGGAUAAAGACCCUGCAUGGCAGCUGUACUGUCGUUUUAAUUUCCCAGCCAUGGCAUCUCACUGGAAGUAGCCUCAAAGUGGAGAAUGACUUUCGCUCAGGUUAAAGCGUAAUCCACCGGCACGCACAAUGGCACCGUGACAGUGGAAACUGGACUUUAGUAAAGGUGAAGUAUGACGGCAGCAGCAGGUGUGCUCACAGGCCUGGCCAAGCUGAAGCGGCAGGACUCUGCUCGCUCUCAGCAUCGGCCCGUACCGCCCCUGUCGCCAGGCUUAGGAAACCCCGCUCCUGAAGCUGCCCCUAGAAAGCGGAAGCGGCGCUCUGACGUUGUGGUGGUUCGUGGCAGGCUUCGUCUCUACUCCGUAUCGGGGUUUUUCCUCUUCUUGGGACUAAUCAUCUUGGUAAUAGGAAUCGGCAUGGCGACACUGGGAUACUGGCCGCACGGUAGAACCAUCCCCGCCGGAGGAGGCAGUGGAGCCAAGGCAGAAACGAAUGCAAGCAACGUGACACACGAUGUGUCAGGUACCGACAGAACGCGGCGUCUGCAACAUCACUGCUACUGUUACAGUAGAUCCUGUUCAUGGCUCAUGUGCAGCUUUUCCUGUAAUGUUUUAGGUUCACCUUCAAAGCAAACCAGAGGCACUCUGAUGCGAUUCCUAGAACGACAGGUUCACUCCGAGAGGAUGAAGAUGCUCGGGCCCUUCACCAUGGGCAUUGGGAUUUUUAUCUUCAUCUGCGCUAAUGCUAUACUUCACGAAAACAGAGACAAAGAAACCAAGAUCAUUCACAUGAGAGACAUGUACUCCACAGUCAUCGACAUUCAUCGCCUCAGGCAGAGAGAGCAAAAGCAGCACCAUCACCGCGGCAGCACCUGUGGAAGAGAAGCCGGUGAUUUCCGAUCCUUGGGAGCGGAUGCCGCGGUACGUUUAGCCGCCAACUCCCUACUGGGAUUCUCCUCUCGGGCUGGAAGUGUAGGUGGAUGGUCUGCAGAAGAGGAGGAGGUACUGCUCGGGGAUGAGGAGUUUCAGAGACGUAAAGAGCAGGCUCGAAUGGAUUGUAACUUUGCCGGGCUGCUGGCGCCGCUCUACAGGGACCAUUCCCUUUGCGGGCCCGGACUCGGGCUCGGGCUGGCGCGCUCGGAUUCCACGCGGCACCAGUGGUCGGUGGAUGGAGAGGGGGAGAAGGGAGGACACCACGCAGGGUCUAUCGUCUCCUCCUCCAUCUCUGCAUUCACCUUGCCUGUUAUCAAACUCAACAAUUGUGUUAUCGAUGAACCCGAAAUGGAGGCGAUUACUGAAGAGGACCGAGGGGCGGAGAGAGCAGACGAAGAGCGGUCGAAGCCCCUGAGCUCCAUGGAGUCACUGGUGGUGCCUGUACCGUCCGUCGCCAAGGCCUUCAAACCGCCGAGCUUACAUCGGAGCAACUCCGCCUCGUCUGCCUCCCACUGCUCCUCCUCUUCCUCCCUCUCUCCUGCUCCCUCCUCUACCUCAGGCUGCUGGCUCUCCCCGGGAGCAGCGAGGAGCGACUUUGGCUCCAACUCCUCUCUGCACAUGCUCAACAGUCAUUCCAAAUCCCUGGACCUGGAGCGCGGGGCGAGCAUGCUCGUGGUGAACCCGGAGCAGCAGCGGAAGCACCCCAGCUGGCCCCGACUGGACCGCAGCAACAGCAGCCGCAGCCACGGCGGCAAGCACGGCAGCACUAAAGGCUACACGCGGCUGGACGACAGGGAAGAGCACGGAGGGCGGCUGUCAGACGCGUCGCCCUCCGUGACGGCGAGGCGCGACUUCAGUAAGCGCGAGAAGCUGCUAAUGAUUUCAAGGUCGCAUAAUAAUCUGAGCUUUGAACACGACGAGUUCAAUAGUAGCACGCUGAAGAGAGGCAGCUCGGAGAGUCGAUUCUGAACAGCUCUCACCUCCUUUCUAAAUUACUCUCCAGGAACUGUGAGUCGAGGAAAAAGACAAGUUUAACCUUGUGAGCGGAAACUCGAUGUAGUUUCUAAGACAGUUCCUUUUAAUACAGGGUAGAUGAAGCCAUGGGAGAGCCUGCAGACUAAAAGGCUCGUAAUUCACACCCUCCAGACAUUACAUGCAUAAUAUAUCAGCAAGGGAGGGCUGUUUUAUAGCUGACCCUGUACUGUAACCUCAGCGAAAACACAAGUUCUGUCCAGGCAUCACUAAAAUAACAGAUUGCAUCAUCCGUCUACUUUAGUCCUUAACCAACAUUUCUGGUUCAAGCGAGACUUUGUUAUAUUUUACCAUCUUGAUUUGACAUCGAAGAGGCCCAUGUUGCCCUGCAGUCACCACAUUACUGCCACUUUCCCAGGAACUUUAAUAUCAGUUUAUGGCUGGAACAGAAAUAAACCCCCACCAGCCUAUAGUUUUGGCCUGUUCUGUAAACAGUGUCUGGCUGUGGCUUUGCAAUAGGCACUUUAACAAGGAAUUACAUUUUUACUCAGGAUUACAUAUUUGCAUCUGCUGCCACAAACCCACUUAGGUCUACGAGGGGACUAUGAUUCAUUAGUAAUAAUUACUUGCACUUAGGGCUGGGGGAUAUGGACCAAAAGUCAUAUCUCGAUAUUUUUUAGCUGAAUGGCGAUACUCGAUAUAUAUAUCUCGAUAUUUUUUCUGUGCCUUAAUUGGGGUUUCCCCCAAAGCAUUAUAGCAUAGCAUCUCUGUUAGCUUCAUUAUUUUCUGAGGCAAACCCUUAAAAAAACAGUCAGUUUUAAUACAAAGCCUCGUGCCAAAUGUCACACAGGUUCCUUUGUUAACAGAGGUCUGCACAAUAUCAAAAUGUAUAAAACAAAUGAAAUAAUAAACAUAAUAAUUUAUAAUAAUAAACUGCCUGCAUAUAUAGAAUAAAAAUGCUUCUUGAAUAAAAUAAAACAAAUAUCCCUUUCCUGCAUAACAAUUAAAUUAAAAUACACUGUGCAGUUAAUACAAUGUAGACAGUAACAGGCAGACUUUUCCACUGAGGUUGACAGUUGUGCAAAUAACAAAACAUUUGUGCAAAUCUCAAAUAAAACAAUCAAGUCAAUUUGUCACAAAAUAAGCUAUAUCAAAAUCAUUAAAAAAAAAAAAAAAAAAAAUCUUUUUUUUUUAAUCGAUAUAAACGAUAUUGUCUCGUACCAUAUGGUGUUUGAAAAUAUAUCGAUAUAUAUUAAAAUCUCGAUAUAUCGCCCAGCCCUACUUGCACUCUUUAUCAGUUUUUUUUCCCCAAUGGAUCAAUUAUUAUUCAAUCUCAUUCAAUCUCUCUAUUUGUUUUUCUGAAAAAUUAUCUCUGAUUUAAAAUUAAGAAUGAGUAGUAAAAUUUGACAGUUUAUCAAUUUACAAUAAAAGUAAAAGAAAACUUCUACCAGUAAAUGGGUGUUUUAUUUGUUUGAUUUAUUUUUAGAGUAAAAAACAGACAAAUUUGUAAGAAACUCUAUACAUAGUUAUGUUUGAACCCGUAUACACCUACUGAUCCAAGGAGCUGAAUCAACAACACAUGAGCCUUGUGAAGCAACUGUGACAGCAUGGCUGUGUAUCAUCAUGGCAAAAUGUUCUCCAGAUGACCACAAACAUAUCUGUGAGUAAUUUGACAGGAGUUUAUACGUGUACAGAUGUGAGAUCCAAGCAAACGUCAGGGUCAAAGGAGGACGAGUAAAAGUAUGGGGGUCCUUUCCAGCUUUUUUUCCAGCUAUUUUUCUAUCGUUAAUGUUUUUUGUAAUCACCGUAUAAGAUUUCUGUAUCUGGUGUCAUAACGUGAAAUAUUUCCGAACAUGCUGUCUGGGAACUCACUAAUGUGGUGGCUAAUGUUUUCUUCAGUUAAAUAACCUGAAGCCUGGACUAGAUCAGGACUAGAUGGUUGAUGAACUUCAUGAUGCAGCUGACAUGGAUGUACCGCACAUGCAAUAUCACGACUCCGUAUUGCUCCAGAAUCUCGUUUCAGGUUCUGUUUGGUUUGUCAGAUACCUUCAAAGUCUGAUUGUUCUUAAUACAUCUGUUACAUCAUUUUUGGCAUCUUCUCUGACACUUUUAAUUCAACGCAUUUCAAGAGUAACGGUCUGUGUUCUUUUGAGGUCUAACAUGUGCGUUUAAAGAACUUUUUUAAGAGUGCGGGAAACUUGCUGAAGUGAUGAAUUUGUUUCCAGCAGUCUAUCAGAUGUCCAAUUUUAUCCUUUCUCAAAAUAAACUGUUUUCA